AUGGUUCAUGUUAAUGAAGAUGUCACGUGGUUGGAGAAAAUGGAAAAGACGUUUACACAAAUAGCUGGAGAAGAUAAGAAAAUUGAUUUUGAUGAAUUCAAGCGAGCUCUAAAUAUUAAAGAGUCUUUUUUCGCUGAGCGUUUCUUCCAACUGUUUGACCAAGAUGACAGCGGUACAAUAGAACUACAAGAGUUAUUGGAUGGUCUGCGCAUGCUAACAGGUGCUGACGCGGCACGGAAACUCGAGUUUUUAUUUGAUGUUUACGAUGUGGAUGGUAAUGGUAGUAUAGACAAAUAUGAAUUACUGACAGUUUUACAGUCCAGUGUACACGAAAGUUCAUUAAGUGUUAGUGAUACAGAUUUAGAACUUUUAACGGACGUAUUGUUCGAGUCAGCAGAUUCAGAUGGAAGCGGUUCAAUAUCAUUUGACGAGUUGAAGGAAGAACUCGAGAAACAUCCAGGACUUCUAGAAAAUCUGACUAUAGGUGCUGCACAAUGGUUGAAACCAAGAACGACAGAGAUGAAGGAGAAGGGAACGUAUCGUUAUUUGACGAUCAAGUACUGGAGGAAUAACAGCAAAAAGGGUGUUCUGUUCUUGUUGUACUUCCUGGUGAACAUUGGGUUGUUUGUGCUUGGUUGCUAUAACUACCGGACAUCGAACGGGUUUGUCAUAGUGGCACGUGGCUGUGGCAUGGCGCUAAAUUUCAACUGUUCAUUUAUAUUAGUGUGCAUGUUAAGGCGGUGUAUAACAUUCAUCCGUUCGUUCAAACAGUCACAGUUCCUUCCCUUGGACCAGCAUAUAUUAUUACACAAAGUUGUUGGUAUGGUGAUAGGACUACUCAGUCUCAUCCAUUCUCUUGCGCAUGUCGGCAAUGCUGCUCUUGUGUCUCGUCAUUUGAAUUUGACUGUACCGGAGUUUUUGAUUACAACAAAAGCCCAGCUAGGAUGGGUGUAUGGGUUAGCUCCCUUGUCUGGUGUUAUAUUGAACGCCAUACUUAUUGUCAUCAUAAUUUGUUCCUUGCCCUUCAUCAGACGAUCAGGAAAGUUUCAGGUGUUCUAUUGGACCCAUAUUUUGUACAUACCAUUCUGGCUGUUGAUUAUAAUUCACGCCAAUAAUUUCUGGAUAUGGUUUGUAAUUCCUGGUGUAAUAUUCCUGGUGGAGAAGAUAUCACGAUCUAAAAUAUUAAAACUAGCGGCUUAUGGUGAAACACAUAUUGUUGAAGUCAAUCUAUUACCUUCAAAGGUGACCCAUCUGGUAAUAUCCAAACCACCAAAAUGGCGAUACCGACCGGGAGAUUAUGUAUUUAUACAAGUACCAGAUAUAGCCCGCAACGAAUGGCAUCCUUUUACCAUUAGUAGUGCACCAGAAUUACAAGGGUUUUUUUGGUUGCACGUGAGGUCAGCAGGUCACUGGACCAAUAAAUUAUAUGAAUAUUUUGAAGAAUAUAACCCAGUUGUAGAAUUAGCUGGGGUUUAUAAUAAAGGUUUCAGUGAAAGCUUACAUAAUAUGGAGACCGGCAUGGAACACGGCAAGUAUCGUAAAUGCUCUAAUGUUCGUCGUGUUGUGAAGUAA